GAAAGCAGAUCUUCGUUCUAUCAUUCAGUUUCAAUCACGAUCAGUCGUCGUUAAUCGGUUCGAGGAGAAAAACGUCUUAAAAGAUAGAUAGAGAGUAUAUUUCGUAUUUUUUCAACAGUUCUACGAUGUCGAAACCUGUGCUGUAUUACGACGAUGUCAGUCCUCCGGUACGAAGUGUUCUUCUAACGAUAGCAGCUUUAGAUAUCAACGACAAAAUAGAUCUAAGCUGGAUUCACCUAUUUGGAGCAGCUCAUUUGAAGGAAGAUUUCGUUAAAAUCAAUCCCCUGCAUACGGUUCCCGUGCUGCAACACGAAGAUUUGGUUCUAACGGACAGUCAUGCCAUUUUAGUGUACCUUUGCGACAUUUCUGGUACGGAUAGCAGCUUUUCACUGGAAAAUCCAAAGCAGCGUGCCAAAGUGCUCAAUCGACUUUGCUUCAAUAAUUCAAUUUUCUUCGCCAGGGACGCUGAGCUCAUGCGUAAAAUUUUUCAUCGGCAAAUAACAGACGUUGCGGAACAUUUGAAACCUGUUGAAGAAGCGAUCGACUUUUUGGAGGUUUAUUUGAGUGACACUAAAUUUGUUGCAUGUGAUGAAUUAACGGUGGCCGAUUUCUCGAUCGUGGCCACGCUCAGUACCCUGGAAUCGGUCUGUCCCAUUGAAGGGAGCCGCUGGCCGAAAGUGCACACCUGGUAUGGAAGAAUGAGACAGCUACCCUACUACCAUGAAGCUAACCAGGUUGGGCUGGAUAAGCUGAGAGACAAAUUGAACUCAAUUCUUUUGAAAUAGUUAGAUAUACCUAAAUCAGGAUGCAGCAAAGUUCAACAAACUUGUUUGGUCUGUAUUAAUUAUUAUUGUUUCAAUAAAAUGUUUUCUAAUCUAAUUGG